AUGGUAGUGAAGGAUUCCGAGGCGGAUAUGCACAGGAAGGCGCUACGCGACAGGGUGAUCAAGGAGGGGUUGGAGCUGUGGAACAGGCAGAAGGAGUUCGAAAGGAUCAAAAAGCUGAAGGAACAGAGAGAGAUUCGCGAAAUGCUGGACAGCUACUGGCCUUGGGGCAGGGGCAUGGAUUCCAAACCUAGAGGCCUGAGGAACCUUCGCCUCGAGGAAUUAUUCCCGAACAAGGAUUACGAGAAAGCGAAACGAUUCGUGGGCACCCUGGAUUCGGGAAGAGGCGGUGGGGGCGCGCCGAUGUUCAACAGCGGGAAGAAGGUCACCAGGACGCGGGAAGAUCCCAUUCUGCGGUUCCAAUUCGGAAGCAAGGAUCUUAGGAGGUGCGUGGACAAUACUUUGAGGUACAAGACCAGCAGAGAGAAUCAAAUGGAAUAUAAGAAAGAGUUAGACAAGCUUGUCGAGGAAAAGAAGCUGAAGGAGCAGAAGGAGAAGGCAGACACUAAGCUGUUCCACCAGGAGCAAUUUUUAAAGCCUCCGCCAUGGGGAGCACGUGGACCUGGUGGGAUGCCCUGGCGAAAUCCUAAUGCGAUAGGACUGAAUUUUUUUAAAUCAUUGGGCUGGUCUGACCACGACACCAUGAGGAGUAUCGAGGAGGACGUGAAGCAAGAUAAGUUACAAGACCCGCAGACAUACGAGAACUCCAAGAAGAUAAAGGUGAUGCCUGCGAACAAAGUCAAAAUCGAUCCUAUCGUGUUCCACAAGAAGAAUUUUAUUCCAGUUGGAAAAAAUCGUAAACUCUCUCCCUUAUCGAACAAUAAGGACCAAGGAGUGGAGUUGGUGAACUUGUUGGCGAAGAAUAGGAAUUAUCCUCCCAGGAUUCCUUUGAGUAGCACCGAUGUGACCGCAGAUCAGAAUAUUACGGGCAAAUCGUCUAUUUGGAGCCGCGAGGGAUCGUCUUAUUUGAAGGAAUUAACAAAACAAAUGCAUUCCAAACAAGAGAAAUUGAAGGAACAGAAAGAAAAGGAAAUAGAAUUUGUGCGCCGCCAUUUUUCAACUUGGGACGCCUUCUGGGGUAGACCAGGACAUGGGGCACCUCUACCAGAACUCAAGAAACAAUCUUUGAAUAGACUCCUCUACCCGCAGAUGUUCCCUGUUGGUGUUCAUUAG